UCGGACCAGGGGAUUGCUACCGAAGUGCUGUGCCUGCAGGUGCCUGAGAUUCCCUGGCUACGACUGCAGCGGAAACCAUUAAGCUUGACAGGCACCAAGCAACAGACUGAGCAGAAGGUAUCAAAGUGUUGGGGCCCAUGGGCUCACCCUGGGCUGUCCCGGCCUGCUGGGCAAGGCGGACUGCCCGACCAUCCGCGGGUAAUCGCCCACUGCAUGCCGCACACGGUUGGCGUAGGCAUCCGACACCGACACGCAUCAUUAUAGACAAGCUCCAUUUGCUCAAUAUCGAAUAGCACAUUGAUACAGGCCAAGAGACCACAACACGCUGGCCAACUCGCCCACUUUCAUGCCAAUUUUGCUAGAUACCGGGCAAGACAUCCAUUUGUGACCAGCUACUGAAACAAACGCUUAUCAUUGCGAUAGGGCUUUGAGCGAGCGCAGCAGGCGUCGCCGCGGACCCUUAUAGCCCACCCGCAGGGCCAGUGCCCUGAUGGCGUCCGGGUACUCGUCGCACAACCCUGGCGACGGGCGCAGCCCCCGCGCUCGGCGCAGUGCUCAGAUGGAGGAAGCGGAGCUGCUUGUACCUCCUGAGGCGCCACCUGCACAGUUGUCGCGCAGCAUGUUCUCCCAGCCCUCCGCCCGGAGCCCGCCGCCCGCGCCCCUGACCAACCACCAUCUGGCGCGAGUGGCGCGACUGGACGCGGCGGCGCGCAGUGGCGGCGGCGGCGGCGGCGGCGGUCGUGGCGGGCGGCCGGCUCGCAGUGAGGCUGCCACUUCUGUGCGCGGCGGCCGCGGCGUGUUCAGUGUGGUGUCGGAUGAGGAGCAGAUCGAAGUGGACGGCGAGCCCACCACCCUGGCUGAUGAGGAUAUGGACCCGCCACCGCCGCCGCACCCCAACGGCCUCGGCGAGAGCGGCCUGGCGGGGCUGGGCUUCGGCCCCGACGGCCGGCCCGUGUACGGCAACGGUUAUAACGGCAACAGUAACGGGUACGGCGGUGGCGGCGGCGGCGCGUACGGCGGCAGUGGCGGCGGCGGCGGCGGCGGUCCGGAUCCUCUUGAGGAGCUGGAGGCAGACACGCCGCUGGUUCGGCUGUACGAGGUGCAGAGCGACCUGGAGGCGGAGGGGCAGGGCGCCAAGGACCCGUGGACACAGGUGCACCUGGCGCAACUGGCGCUGGGACACGCCAAGGUGGUGUGGCGCACCAUGCCUGUGGCUGUGCGCGAGGAGCCGCUGCUGCUCGCCAAGGCGCACUUCGCUCUGGCCCGCGCCUACCAGGGCCACGGCUGCGACAAGCAGGCCGCGGAGCACUGCAAGGAUGCGCUGGCGGCUAUUCCCGCCGAGGUGGCGGACACGGAGGUGGCGGCGGCGCUGCGCACGGAGGUGCAGGUGAUGCGGGCCGAGGCGCUGCUGUCCGCCGCCGCCGCUCCCGGCCUGGCGCCCGACGCCGCCGCGGGCCUGGGCCGCAAGGCGCUCAGCCAGCUGGUCAAGGCGGCUGGACUGCGGCCGCCUGUGGCCUUCACGCCGGAGGAGGUGGAGGACGUGGAGGCGGGCCACUCGGACCGCUCCACCAUCAAUGAGGUGACGGACAUGGGCAUUGUGGCGCUCAUGGCGCAGUGCCACGGCGUGGUGGCGGAGAGCCGGCUGAGGGCGGCAGACCUGGAGCGGGCGGAGAAGCAGUCCUCCCUGCGCAGUGCCGACGACACCGCGGGCCGCGCCGACCGCCGCACUGACCGCGGGGACGCCUUCUACAGCCCAGAGCAGCUAGAGCGCUGGAGGCUGCAGGAGCAGCACUUCAGGGACGAGGCGGACGCGCACGAGGCGGAGGCGGUACGGCUGGCGGGCGAGGCGGAGCGGGCGUACGACAGCGCCAUGUACUGCCUGAACCACGUGAUAGACGUGGAGGGGCGCAGGCUUGAGGACGUGGUGGGUCGCGAGCUCAAGACGCAGCAGCCCGCCUUCCGCGCGCUGUGGUGCCGCUCGCUGGACUUUAUGGCGGGCAUGGCGGAGGCCUACGGCUACCAAGGCAAGGUGUCGGGGCAGCUGCAAAUGGUGGAGGAGGUGUUGAGCGCCUUUGCGCAGUACGGCGAGGGAGGGUGGCUGCCCGUGGCCAGGCACGUGCGCGCGCUCAAGGACAAGGGCGCGCUGCUGGUGGCGCGGCGGGAGUACGACAAGGCCGUGUCCUGCUACGGCGAGUUGGAGUCGCUGCUGUGUGUGAUGUACCCGGGCGCGGAGGAGGGCGGCAGCCCCGGAGACGUGCUGAGGAGGGAGGUGCAGGGCGCCGAGGUGCUCAAGCUGCGUGGUGACGUGGCACUGGCGUCCGGCGACUUCAGGACCGCACAGCACCUGUUCAGCCAGGCUCUGGAGGCCUACCAGCGGCACCUGGGUGUGCACGCGGGUGUGGCGCGCGACCUGGUGCACCGCAUCGACGAGGUGAAGGCCUACCUGGCGGACACACGCGUCAUGGGCCGCAUGGCCUCCUUCGGAGCAGCAGGUGCAGGGCGGGGUGGCAGCGGAGGCGGAGCCGGCUCCUCGCCGCCCACACCCAAGGGUGGCAGCGGCGGCGGCGGCGGCCUGGCGGCGGCGGCGGCGAGGUCGCCGGCGAGUCGCGGCUCGCCGCUGACGCUGCCGCCUGGAGGCGGCGGCGGCGGCGGCUCCGCCGCCGGCCGCCCUGGGUCUUCGCUCAGCCUGCAGAGCCAUAGUCACCUGCUGGGUCCGGGCCGGGCUUCGGCAGGGGGCCUGUACGCACUGGACGAGGAUGGCGGGGGCUCGGGCGGCGGCGGCAUGGGCAGCACCGUCAGCAGCGCGGGCGCCAGCACCAUUCCGGCGCUGAGCCCCGGCCACCGGCUGCCGCACCUGAACACGCUGGCGCCAAACGGCGGGGCGCGGUCGGGGCGGGCGUCGCUGCACGAGUAUGAGGACUGAGUGUGACGACGGAGUGCGAGUAUGAUGAUUGGGUGAGGCUGGGGUGAGGCUGGGGUGAGGCUGGGGUGAAGGUGGAAGGGGGGAUGAGGGCGAUGGGGGGUUAGACUUGGGGAGGUGGGGAGGUGGGGAGGUGGGGAGGUGGCGAGAGCUGGAAGUGGGAUGAGGAUGGGGAUGUGCAGGAGGAUGCCGCAGGAUGUGUUGCAAGUCGCAGUUGGCAUUUAUCAUACAGAACUGCAGCACUGCUUCUGCAACUAGUAAGCUUGCUUUUCAGGGGCGCUUGGCCUCUCUAGGGCGACUAAGAUUGCAACACACACAUUGUAGAACGCUAUAGCUCGUGUACGCUCGUGUCCAUUUGCGCCUGUACUGCUGUAACUCAUCAUUGUG